AUGACAGCUUGCGAAAGUGGAGGUGGAGGUGGAGGUGGUGGCGGUACUUACGCCAGCAAGAAACGGAAGAAGCCCGUUCAGAAAAUACCGAAGCCUCCACCCCCCGACGGUGCCAAGUCAAACCCUUCGAAGAGGCACAGGGAUCGGCUGAACAUGGAGCUGGAUAAACUGACCAAUCUGCUGCCCUUCUCGGAGGACGUCCGUACCCGGCUGGACAAACUGUCCGUCCUGAGGCUCAGCGUCGGCUACCUGAAGGUCAAGAGCUUCUUCAUCGCCACAAUGAAGAAAAGUGUGAAUACGUCUAACAGCUGGACUGCAGGAACCAUGGCAAGAAACGGGCAGACGUUAAGCAGUUUGGAUGGAGUUAACAUAUCUGAGGGAGAGUUAUUGCUGCAGGCUCUGAACGGCUUCGUCAUGGUUGUAACAGCAGAUGGUUACGUGUUUUACGCAUCACCCACCAUACAGGACUACUUGGGCUUUCAUCAGUCGGAUGUGGUGCAUCAGAGUGUGUUUGAGCUGAUCCACACAGAUGACCGUGACAUGUUUCGGAGGCAGCUGCACUUUGCCCUGAACCCCACGCAGUGUGAGCUGUCUGACGACACUGACAUUCUUCAGAAGACUAGUGACAUCACCUCCGCCAUUAUAAACUACAAUCCCCAACAGCUUCCUCCGGAGAACUCGUCCUUCCUAGAAAGGAGCUUCUGCUGCCGCUUUCGCUGCCUCCUUGACAACUCGUCUGGCUUCCUGGGUAUGAACUUCCAGGGAAGACUGAAAUAUCUUCACGGGCAGAGUAAGAAGGCAGAGGACGGCACUAUGAAUCACCCCCAACUGGCUCUGUUCGUCGUAGCCACACCACUCCAGCCGCCCUCCAUAUUGGAAAUUCGCAGCAAGACUCUCCUCUUCCAGACCAAACACAAGCUGGACUUCACGCCCAUGGGCGUCGACACCAGGGGGAAGGUGGUGCUGGGUUACAAUGAGAUUGAGCUGUGCAUGAGGGGCUCUGGUUACCAGUUUAUCCAUGCUGCAGACAUGAUGUACUGCGCUGACAAUCACCUGAGAAUGAUUAAAACAGGUGAAAGUGGUUUCACAGUCUUCAGACUUCUAUCAAAGGCAGGGAUCUGGAUCUGGGUGCAGGCUAACGCCAGACUCGUCUACAAGGGUGGGCGACCUGACUUUAUUAUUGCUCGACAGAGAGCCCUAACGAAUGAGGAAGGCGAAGAGCAUCUUCGUCAGAGAAAGUUGCAGCUACCCUUCAGCUUCGCCACUGGUGAGGCUGUCCUGUACGAGACAACCCCCUCUCCAAACGUGACCGACAUUCCCAGCCAAAUCAAAGAGGGAAAGAUCAGUAAACCGGCAGCACUGCCACCAAGCUCACUGCUGACAUGCAUGCUAAAGCAGGACCAGUCCAUCUACCAGGGCAACAGUGAUCAGUUUUGUCUGGAAAAGGCAUUUCGGGACAGUCAUGCCCUACUUAAUGUCCCCGGGAAGUCCUGGGCAGGCGCAGAAGGGAACUCUGUGGGCAUCAAAAAGGAAUCGCCUGUGCAGGCCAUGAUGGACAGCCUGCAACAGAUCAUAGGGGACACGAGCCUUUGUGGCAAACUCGAUGAGCUGGAUGUCGAUGAGCUGGAGCUAAAGGAGUGGGAGAACACCCUGCUGCGAAUGAAUAAUCUGAGCAAUGCUAAGACUCCCUUUGAAAAUGAUGAAAUCAUGACCGAAGACAUCUUCUCGUAUCUAGAAGAUGUGCUGUUCAAGGAGAGUAGCACCAGUCUGAACGAAUGUCUUCCUGAGUGUCUGUCCGAAAUGCAGCUGCAGGGAGACCUUAAUGAAACCCUGGGCAUUCAGGACGGCAUAAGAACAGACAGCUCGGGAAGGGGGAUGAUAAAGCAUGCACAUCUAGGGCCAGAGAUUCCUUUUGGGCAGCCGGGUGAUCUUGAGGAACCAUAUGUGAGUCCGAUGGAGCUUUGUGAAAAUAUGACGCCUUUCAAUCCUUUACUUCAUGGGCAACAGAAUCAGGCCGGACUGGUGCAGCAAAGAGCGCCGGCCCAACACGUCCAAGCGGGGUUCGUACAGAGAGCUCAGACAAGGAAUCUCCUCGACCAUCAGAAUCAAGUCCAACCAACAGGCUUCCAUAACCAGAGCUCCCUUCCAUUCAGUCAGGCAAUCAGGGAGGGCAGUCAGUGGACGGGAACCCAGACACCCAACAGCAAAAACACUUCACCUUUGCAAAACGUCAUGUUAAAACCUGCUUCGAAUGCCUGUCUCCAGGGACAGUUUAUCCUCAGCAAUCAGAACAUAGACAAUCAAAGACUAAUGACUAUGCAUCAGACCCAGCCUUCCAUUCAGCAAGGUCUGAACUCUUUGCCCCAAGUUCCCAACAUUCCCAACGUUCCCAAUCUCCCAAACAGUCAUCAUCACAUCAUUUGUGGUCAGUCAAAUGAUCUCCAGCAAGAUCCAGUUUCUAGGCUGAUGGUGCAGUCCAACUAUGUCUCAGGCACCCAUCCUCAACCUGUUGCUACAGCAUAUGGCCAGCAGGGGGAGCUCAUGCAGCCUUCUAAUGCAGUGUAUGGACAGCAGGGAGGGUCAUCACAACCUGCAAAUGCAGCGUAUGGACAACAGGGAGGGCCCUUGCAACCUUCUAAUGCAUUGUAUGGACAGCAGGCAGGGGCAUCGCAACCUGCGAAUGCAGUGUAUGGACAGCACGGAGGGUCAGUGCAACCUGCAAAUGCAGUGUAUGGACAGCACGGAGGGUCAGUGCAACCUGCAAAUGCAGUGUAUGGACAGCAGGGAGGGUCAGUGCAACCUGCAAAUGCAGUGUAUGGACAGCAGGGAGGGUCAGUGCAACCUGCUUAUGCGGUGUAUGAACAGCAGAGAGGGUCAUCACAACCUUCUAAUGCGGUGUAUGGACAGCAGGGAGGGUCAUCACAACCUUCUAAUACAGUGUAUGGACAGCAGGGAGGGUCAUCACAACCUUCUAAUACAGUGUAUGGACAGCAGGGAGGGUCAUCACAACCUUCUAAUACAGUGUAUGGACAGCAGGGAGGGUCAUCACAACCUUCUAAUGCAGUGUAUGGACAGCAGGGAAGGUCAUCACAACCUUCUAAUGCGGUGUAUGGACAGCAGGGAGGGUCAUCACAACCUUCUAAUGCAGUGUAUGGACAGCAGGGAAGGUCAUCACAACCUAAUAAAGCAGUGUAUGGACAGCAAGGAGGGUCAUCACAACCUUCUAAUGUAGUGUAUGGACAGCAGGGAAGGUCAUCACAACCUAAUAAAGCAGUGUAUGGACAGCAAGGAGGGUCAUCACAACCUUCUAAUGUAGUGUAUGGACAGCAGGGAGGGUCAUCACAACCUUCUAAUGCAGUGUAUGGACAGCCGGGAGGGUCAUCACAACCUUCUAAUGCAGUGUAUGGACAGCAGGGAGGGUCAUCACAACCUUCUAAUACAGUGUAUGGACAGCAGGGAGGGUCAUCACAACCUUCUAAUGCAGUGUAUGGACAGCAGGGAGGGUCAUCACAACCUAAUAAAGCAGUGUAUGGACAGCAGGGAGGGUCAUCACAACCUAAUAAAGCAGUGUAUGGACAGCAGGGAGGGUCAUCACAACCUAAUAAAGCAGUGUAUGGACAGCAGGGAGGGUCAUCACAAUUUACUAAUGCAGUCUAUGGACACCAGGAGAUCUCACACCCUUCCAAUGCCAUACACAACCAGCAGGAGAGGUUAAGGCAAACUUCCAAUGCAGUUUAUGACCAGCAGGGGAAGCUGAUGGGCAACUGUGCUGCUGCACCCAUAAGCAGUUGCAUGUUUGGGAAGGGAAAUCAGACCCCUGUCAACAGCUUACCUUACAGUUCGACUGGUCAGGACGCAGUGAUUUCAGUCUGCCAGAAGCCUAAUGGUUUUCUGGCCCAGAAUUCAACCCAGGGCUUAUGUUUGUAUCAAAGUGGCCCCGCAGAGGGUGUUAUAAACGACAUGGCCCUGUCACCUGAUGGCAAUAUCAUCUGCAAUCUGCCACAGCAGUUUCUUACCUGCAACAGUCAAACAAAGAUCACGAAUCGUCCCGUCAAGGAGAACAAACCAUUCCAUUUCGCCCCUUUAAACAACCCGAAUGAGAAUUUCUAAAACGACAGAAAUCCCAUCCAGCGCAGCUAUUAACGUGCCUACAGACUUUCUAUGCAUAAAGAAAGAAGGAGGGAUGUCCCCGAGGAGACACCGUACACGCUUCUACAUGUUUAGAUUCUUUUCUUUGUUCGUAUCGCAGCUGAAAAACACAAAAGGAAAGAAAGUUGUCCUGACACGGGGGGGAGCCGUACCAGUGACUGUAGCGCUUCGUCAGACAGGCCACUCAGCGGCUAUUCGCGCUUGAACUCUUGCUUAUUCAUUCGUUCAUUUAAUGGUGUGUUCAUUUACUCGCUCCCUGCCCGGAGAGGUUAAGAAGGAUGAGCGUAUGUAUGGUGAACGUAUUUAUUUUCACUUUUUGUGCAUUUCUUUGAUUUGUUUCAUUCUGUGGAAGACUCUGGGCAGGGUGUGUAUUUGUGUAUAUGUGUGUGUGUGUGUGUGUGUGUGUUUGUCUCUGUGUGUGUGUGGCAACGAGGAGCCGCCCAGAGCUCAUUAAUGAAGUAUGCAGUAAUAAAGGUGAAACCUUUUUUACUGUAGGAUACAAUUCUGGGGGAAAGCCAUUAAAACGUGCACACUUGCUUUUCCGAUUGUCGGAAAGCGUAGUGUAUUCUUUUUAAGGGAAACUUAAACACUUACCACUCGUCGGCUCCCUUUGGAUUUCUCUUGAUGCACUUAAGAAGGUAAAAGAAACGUCUGUAAUAAUUACAGAUUGUUAAAGAUAUAUAAAAAGAUACAUUGUGUCCUGCAUCCAAAGACGUAGCACUAUGACAGAUAAACUUAGCACGCAGCUAUGUUACGUUAGCCAUUAUUUUUAAGUACGCUCUGGAUCUGCAGGGGCGAAAUGACUGCCUGACUGACAGCUUCAAGCCGGACAGGGAAAUGCCCCACACCCGAACACAUCAGCCACUCGGCUAACCACCAAUGACACUAUCGGUUUGUAUGGACAUAGAACGCCCAGAUGUGUUUUUAUCCCAAAAUGGACUUUUGAUGGACUUGAUUUGUGGAUGCCCACUCAUCAUUAACUCACCACCCGACUUCUCAACAUUAACUUAUGAUUACGUUAUCAUAACUAAAAUAUCAUGAUAAAGGACUUUCAAUAUGCGCAGCUUUUGUUUUAAAUGUGCUUUUUGUACUUUUUUUGAACAUUUAAUCAUUUGUCAAAAUGUCAUUGAGCCAUUUUGGUGUCUGCUUUUAAUGAUUGUUUUAUUGUGACCCUUGUCUAGUCGACGCUAUCUUGAUAGCGUUUGGUUUCUUGACUUUAAUGAAAACACUUGCAUAUAGAGUGUCAAACCUAAAGGUGCACAGAAGUCAGGCCGCUCGCCAGCCAUCCCCCGUUUGUGUGUUUUUUUUUCGACCUUCUUAUUCGUUUCCCAUCCCAGUUCUAGACAUUUAGCAAACUCUCCUAUGUGCCUUAUUCUCUUCUGACACUUUAGCCUUUUUAUAUACAGUGACUAUGUAUUAUUAAUAUAGCAUUAUGAACAUGUACUAAAUCUAACGUCUAUAAAUGCUUUCUUACCUCAAUAUCAAGGAACUAUGACUGAUUGCAGACUCGGCGCGCUUUCCUUUUUUAGUUCUGAAUGUUGACUCACCCCGCUGUUAGUGUUAUAGCGGCCUUUAGAAGUUGGCGUUGUUUUUGCAGUGAGAUGGCAGAGUUUGCUUGAAUUCCUUUGUGCAGAUGGUAUUGAGAUCGCAGCUGAUACAUAGAGUUUCUGGGUUCGAUCGCCCCGUGGACUGACUGACGAGAGGAUACUGAGAUCAGGUCUUCGUGGAGACCGGCUGCAGAGACGUCAUGAAAGAAUCAGUUAUCAGAAUCAGUAAACAGAGAUGGUCCUGAGAUCAGACCCCUUUUGUGGACUGAAUCCGUAUCAGAGCUUUUCGCAGAGAGGUCAGAGAUCUCCUUUUAGACAUCAGACAAACAUCUGACCUGUCGUUUCUUGGUGAAGAUGACGGAUCACUGCGAUGACCUUCCAGUGGACCGGCCGUAUCUGGGAAUCCAAACUCCUUGCAGAGAUAGUAUUGAGGAUGUGAUGAGACUUUGUGGGCUGGUUGAAUUAAAGAUUAGAUUCGAUCGUAUACGGACAGAUCAUGGAAUGAAGAGCAGAUUCUCCAUGCAGAUAUGAAAUAGGUUUUUGUAGCAGGUUGAUUACAAAGAUGGAAAAUCUAACUGAGGAGAUAUAUGUAGAUAUAUACAAAUAGAGGAUUAAGAUCCCAUCUAACUGCUUCAGUAGAGAUUGUAGAAGAGAUCGUUCCCUACAAUUUCAGCUGCAUCUAAACAUCAAGUCAUCCUGAGCCGAUCUGAAUAUUCUUCCAGCGGGAUAGGGGGUCUGGAUUGAGAGGGGAAAUCGUAAUGUGAGAAAAUGAUUAUGCAGCCUGAAAUUUACGUCGUGGGGACACCAAGCAGACAGGCGCUUUAUUUCUACUAGUGUUGUUAAGAGCCUCACAGUUCAAGGUUCAAAGGAAGGGCAAGUCUAAGUCUUAGUCUAAGGGGCUAAAGAAGUUUGUUUUUAGUCAAGUAGAUUUAAAGAGAAGUUUGAGAUUUUAUGCAAGGUUGCCUGAACAAUUAAAAUCACGUUAAUGACACUGAAAUGCCCUAUUUAUUAAGAAAAUAUCAUUUGUUAGAUCAAAAUAUGAAUGAAUAUGUGAGGUGAUUAGCAGGUAAAGGAUGUUUUCAGGCUUAUCCUUUAACGAUGUUGAAUCCCAUUGUCCUAGACAACAUCUUAGCCUUAGUUUUAUUAUCAAAGCAGCAGUAUGUAACCGUUUAGAACAGGGGUGCCCAUACUUUCAUUGUUUUUGAAUGCGCUUCAGGUGCUUAUAUUGAUAUUCAGCAUAACAGGGCAAGCGACUAAAAAAUCACACUAACCCUAUUCUGAUGAGUUGCACUGAAUGCUGUCAGACAGGUUUGUGUAGUCUGGACAUUAGCUGCUGGUGCCAGUUCUCGAGCAGCUUCCAAGUGUUCAUCAGUAAGCAUGGACUGAUAUUUAGACUUAAUUAUUUUCAUGUGGGAAAAGGCUGGUUCACACAAGUAGGUUGAUCCAAAAAUGCUGGCGCUCAAAUAUGUGGCACAUUUUCUUAUGUUUGGAUCCAAAAUUGUCCAGCAGAGGCCCUUGACUUCGUAUGAAUGUCAGUUUGUAGGGUUAAAAUUUCUCCAUCAGUUUCUUCCACGUCUGAAUGAAACAGCCCUCUUACUGUACUUGCCCGAAUCGAACUGUUUGUGGUGUCCUUGUGCUUGGCUGCGCACUCAUCUUCACAAACAGUGUGGGUUACGAAAGGAAAAAUGCACAAAUGGUGCAAACUGGCUACUGAUGAAUGAAAACCUUCUAGAUUAGCAGUGCUUUAGGCGGGCUUAGGCGUAGCUAUGGUAACAAACCGCAAAUUAAAAAGUCAGUGGCCACAUUUCAUGUUAAUCACGUUGGACUGUUUGAAUGAGGAGUGAUCUACCAGCGUGCACUGUGUGAUCGACUGGUAGAUCGCGAUCGACGUAUUGGGCACCUCUGUUUUAGAAUAUGUAGAAAUCUGGAGACCUCUUUGGUAGAAAUAGGAUAGCCAGGAUGUGAUAGUUUAGUGGUUAGGGUGCUGGACUAGUUAUUACAACAUUGCAGGUUCAAACCCCACUACUAACCAUCAAUUGUUUGCAACUGGUCACCGUUAUAAGCCUCUGUUAAAUGCUCUGUUUAACAUGCAGCAUUAAUGUCAGUUCGAAAGCACAAUUUUAGCUCUCAUUGUACUGAUUGUCCUAUAUAUAUAUAUAUAUGUUAAAGUCUAAUGUAUACUGUAUCAAUGAUACCGUACCAUCCAAAAUCUUAUACCCAAACCUAGUUUUGUAUAGUAGUAUAAAUAGCCUGGCCGGAAUAGUGGCUGAAAUAACUUAGCCAUUAGGAGGUGCGCUCUCAGUGCUGCUCCCAAGCCUGGAUAACAUAAGAAGGAUUUUUUUGUAAUGUCCAACUUUUAAUUCAAAUAAAAAGAGUCAUUCAGACCCAUACAGAAGAGUUAAAGAAGGUAAAGCCUAAACACCCUCACCCUCAGAUCAUCUGUACAACAAUCAACAUCAAAACAAACUCGCAGCUUCUUAUUUUUUCUAGCAACGGCAUUCAUCCACCUUCUUUUAAUACAGUAUCUGUGUAUAAUUUACUUUAUUAUUGUAUGUAAGUUUGACGUAAAUUGUUAUUGUUGCUUCACGUUACCAUUUUGCUCUCAUGAAUAAUAGUAUAUACAAUCUUGUAAAUUUCCCUGCACAGCUUGUACAAUCUGUAUACCUAUGUCUCUUUGCUGAUUAUUAUUAUUGUAGCCUUUGUUUUUGUAUUAGAAAAUUUCUUAUGUGUUUGCUGUGCCUAUCAAUACUUACGUCUUUACAUUAUUACAAGCGUUUAUAUGACUACACUUUUUGUUAGUGUGUUUUUUUUUUUAUUUUAACUUUGACCUGAAGAGGGGUCACUGCAGAAGUGCUAUCAUUUAAUCAUUUAGGUUACACUGAUCAGCCAUAACAUUAAAACCUACUUGUUUCUAGA